GCAGCAUCCUCUCGGGCGCCGCUUUCGCGCGGCGGCGGCAGCGGCGGGGGCUUCCUCUGCCCCGAUACCUCGUUGGCCAGAAGCGGCUGGUGCCGGGGGGCGGGGGGGGGCGGCGGCAAGGGAGCGCUGCAGACUCGGGCUCCUUGGCCGAUUGUUGUGUGUGUAGUAUUCCUCCCGGGCCAGUCGGAGGCUGCGGAGCGGCGGGCGCUGCCGGCUAUGCCGGCCCGGGCAUCCUCCGAGUGAUGGAAGAAGCAGCUGCUGUCGCUGCAGGGUCGCGCUGCGCCCCAUCCACCGCCGCCAGAGAGAUGGGAAGAUUCCGGGCGCGGAGGCCGAGAGCGAGAAAGGCGGAGCCGCUUUGCCGGGAGCUGGGUCCUGUAUAAGCCCCCUCCCCCAGCCGGCUUCGCCCCCCGGAGCGAGGAAGGAAGCUGCGGUCUCGAGAGGGCGGCGGAGACGCCGCUGGAGCUGGGCACGCUGGGCUCAACGGAGCGCGGAGCAGGGUUCCAGGCCCGGUGAAAGUUUCCCUUCCAAAGCCGCAGGGCGCCCGCCGCCCGGAAACUGCCCAGGGCUUGGGCUGCCGAGUCCCGCGGCCGCCUCUUAGGCGCGGGGACUCCCAGGAAGGACUGUGAGCGAGAAAUCGAGGAACGAGUGACAGCAGGACAGACCACCCAGCCGUGAUCCCGGGCGGCUCCGGGGUGCGCCCGCGGCUCCAGGUCUUUCUCGGAGCCGCUGCCAUGGGAGAGCCAGCCUUGGGCGUCGGGGACCAGCCGCCGCUGCUGCCGCGCCUGCCUCGGAGCCGCGGCCCCAGUCCCCGCGCCCGAAGUCGGCCCGCUGCGUCCCCCUCCUGGGCUGCAGGGCCGCCUCCGCCGCGCCGCGGGCCCCGGCUGUGCCUGUGAUGAGCCGCAGCCCGCCGCGAGCCCUGCCCCCGGGCGCGCCCCCCCGGUUGCUCCAGGCCGCGCCCGCCGCCGCGCCGCGCGCCCUGCUCCCGCCGUGGCCCCGGCGCCCGGGCCGUCGCUGGCCCGCGUCGCCGCUCGGAAUGAAGGUGUUCCGCAGGAAGGCGCUGGUGCUGUGCGCGGGCUAUGCGCUGCUGCUGGUGCUCACCAUGCUCAACCUCCUGGACUACAAGUGGCACAAGGAGCCGCUGCAGCAGUGCAGCCCCGACGGGCCGCUGGGUGCCGCGGCGGGGGCGGCUGGGGGCGGCUGGGGGCGCCCAGGGCCUCCUCCGGCAGUGCCGCCCCGCUCACACACCCGCUUGGACCCCCGUACUCCGUACCGCCCUCCCGCCGCCGCCGCCGUCGGGGCGGCCCCCGCUGCAGCAGCAGGGGCAGCGGGGGCGGUGGCCCCUCCCCGUAAUGGCACUCGGGGCACCGGGCGUGGCGGAGAGAAGAGGCAGUUGGUGUAUGUGUUCACCACGUGGCGCUCGGGCUCAUCUUUCUUCGGUGAGCUCUUCAACCAGAACCCCGAGGUGUUCUUUCUCUACGAGCCAGUGUGGCACGUGUGGCAAAAACUGUACCCAGGGGACGCUGUUUCCCUGCAAGGGGCUGCGCGGGACAUGCUGAGCGCUCUCUAUCGCUGUGACCUCUCGGUCUUCCAGCUGUACAGCCCCGCGGGCAGCGGGGGGCGCAACCUCACCACGCUGGGCAUUUUCGGUGCAGCCACCAACAAGGUGGUGUGCUCCUCGCCACUCUGCCCCGCCUACCGCAAGGAGGUCGUGGGGCUGGUGGACGAUCGCGUGUGCAAGAAGUGCCCGCCGCAGCGCCUGGCGCGCUUUGAGGAGGAGUGCCGCAAGUACCGCACGCUGGUCAUCAAGGGUGUGCGUGUCUUCGACGUGGCCGUGUUGGCGCCGCUGCUGCGCGACCCUGCCCUGGACCUCAAGGUCAUCCACCUAGUGCGCGAUCCGCGUGCCGUGGCCAGCUCACGCAUCCGCUCGCGCCACGGUCUCAUCCGUGAGAGCCUUCAGGUGGUGCGCAGCCGGGACCCGCGCGCCCACCGCAUGCCCUUCCUGGAGGCCGCUGGCCACAAGCUGGGCGUCAAGAAGGAGGGUGUGGGCGGCCCGGCGGACUACCACGCUCUUGGCGCUAUGGAGGUCAUCUGCAACAGCAUGGCCAAGACACUGCAGACAGCCCUGCAGCCCCCUGACUGGCUGCAAGGCCACUACCUGGUAGUGCGGUACGAGGACUUAGUGGGAGACCCCGUCAAGACCCUACGGAGGGUGUACGACUUUGUGGGGCUGCUGGUGAGCCCCGAGAUGGAACAGUUUGCCCUCAACAUGACCAGUGGCUCAGGCUCCUCCUCUAAGCCCUUCGUGGUGUCCGCGCGCAACGCCACGCAGGCCGCCAACGCCUGGCGGACGGCCCUCACCUUCCAGCAGAUCAAACAGGUGGAGGAGUUUUGCUACCAGCCCAUGGCGGUGCUGGGCUAUGAGCGGGUCAAUAGUCCCGAGGAGGUCAAAGACCUCAGCAAGACCCUGCUCCGGAAGCCCCGGCUCUGAGAGGGUUUCCUGGGAGACCCGACUCCCUGUGGAGACACCCACAGGAGGAUUGUGGUGUAUUGCAACAAAAACAGCCCAGACCCAAACUGAGGAAGCCCACAUAUUCUAUUAUAGAUAUAUAGUAUAAAUAACCACACAGGCACUUGCUGUCAAUGUUUUGAGUCAUUGAAUUUCAAGGAACAGCCACAAUACGCACACAUCUCAGCAAAGGCAAGACUUGAAAGUUCUGACCAGCUCCCCUCCUCUCCUCUCCCCUGCUUUUUCUCCCUUCGUUUUUCUCCCCUUUCCUACCCUCUCUCCUACCUCCCUUCGUUUUGAAGUGGGAUGUUGAUUAAAUCAAGAUCCAGUAACCUAAAUCUUGUUUACAAAAUUUUCGUGGUAUCUGUGAACAUGUACAAGAGUAAUUUGGUCGUGAGGGGUGGGGUGGAGAAAGGGGAAGUUGGAAGUUGGCCAGGAGCACAGAGCUCCAUUGGGCACGAUAACCGAGGAGGCAUUCUUCUAAAAGUAGACUUGUGUAAAAAGCAAAGGUUCUCCGUGAGUAUUAAUAAAAAAGAUGAUAAAUAAUAUUCUUUUUAAUAUUUGCCUCCAUUACUUUGGAUUUACCUGUGCUACUUGUCCUGGGUAGCUUUAGACAGAAUUUGCUUCCCCUCCCCCCACCCCCCUUUCCCAGUCUGUUUCCUAGAAAACCGCUAAGGUGGGUGGGAGCAGCUUCUGACUCCUUAAUAAGAACCUUGGAGUUGUUUCCUCACAUAUAAAUCACAGCCUGUCAGGUGCGCAGGAAUGGGGACAAACCUUCGAAUUCUAAAGGCAAACACCAAGCAAGGCAGUGGAGGGAAAAGCUCGCCCUCCUUUCCUGUUCCACUUUGAACACAGAAAGGAAGAAGCAA